GUCACAGAAAGCCCAAUAAGCCCGGCCUUCUCGCCUCGUUUAUCUCCCCGCCGCGACUUCCGAUAGGGUUUUCCGCACCCGAGCUCGCAGGCCGCCGCCGCCAGGACGCACCGAGCGAGGAGGAAGCCACAUCUCGGCAGCCAUGGUGAACGUUCCGAAAACCAAGAAGACCUACUGCAAGAACAAGGAAUGCAAGAAGCACACCCUUCACAAGGUUACUCAGUACAAGAAGGGAAAGGAUAGCCUCUCUGCUCAGGGGAAGCGUCGUUAUGACCGCAAGCAGUCAGGAUAUGGUGGGCAGACUAAGCCUGUUUUCCACAAGAAGGCCAAGACAACAAAGAAGAUUGUGCUGAAGCUGCAGUGCCAGAGCUGCAAGCACUACUCUCAGCACGCGAUCAAGAGGUGCAAGCACUUUGAAAUCGGUGGAGACAAGAAGGGCAAGGGAACGUCUCUCUUCUAAUCUGAUGAUUGGCAUGUUGUCCCACUAUCAAGUUGUCUGUCAGAAGUUACUGUUAAGAACGUUUUACUUGCUCAUCUCUUGAGAUGAGAUGCAUCAGGUAGGAUUAUGUCUGUCUGGAACAGUAGCAUGUACUCUAUGAUUAUCGUUUGCAUCAGCUAUAUUUGCCAGUUCCGUUUCGUAAUAGCCCAGUGAAUCCAUAUUUUUGCGGAUGAGUUCCGAUCUUUGUUGU